AUGGAAUCGUAUAGUAAAUGGGAAGAGAUGUUGGAUGGGUGCAUAGAGGAGGAGAAAAAAUCACUGGCGAGGAUGAUUAAAUUGGAGUUGGAGGAGAUGCAAUCCAAUCCCUCCGACGAUUUCAAAUGCCUGGCGCUAAAGUCGAACCCACGGGACUGGCAAUUUGCAAUCAGAGGCCCUAAUGGAACUGAAUUCGCGGGUGGGAUUUAUCAUGGCCAGAUCAAGAUUCCGGCGGAAUACCCAGACAAGCCUCCUAUAAUCACGUUGUUGACGGAAAAUGGUCGCUUCAAAACCCAAACCAAUAUCGAUUAUUUCAGCAUUUCUAUUUUUUGGGAUCCACCCAAUAAACGCAAAAGAGUGCGAGAUGCUUUACUUAGACUUAUUGAGUUAUUGCCCACCUACCCAGAUGGUGCGUUGGGUUCAGUAGAAUACGAUAAGGAAGAAAGGCGUGUCCUGGCUAUCAAAUCUCGUUUAGCAGCCCCAAGAUAUGGCACUGAUGAACGUCAGAAGUUAAUUAAUGAGAUUCAUGAAUAUAUGCUAAGCAAGGUACCCCCUGUUCCUUCAAACGGGGGAGGGGAUAUCCGGUUGAGUUCCCAAAAUGAUCGAGACAGAAAAAGAAAAAGAAUGCAGGAGAUCAAUUUAAUUUUUGGGAAUACAAUUAAUGCUGAUAAUUGCGAGCGGGUAGGAUUUUUCGAUUUUGGGAAGAGGCUCAAAAGCCUAUUGUGGUGGUACACACUCUUUCUCUACUUUUAA